AUGAAGGCCAAACAGCCUCCUUUCAAAAGAGCACAUCAGGACAAAGAACCUUCCGCUGCCGUGACAAGUGACUAUGAUGCUGAUUCCAGUGCUUCAACAGUCAUUCUGUCAUCGCCUUCAAGUUCAAGCACCCCACGGCAAGAAAAUGACAGCAUUGAUGAAGCAUCUGAUGGUCCUGACAACAGCCUUGACAGCCAGAAAACCCAGACAAGACAUUACAGGACGCUACAAGAAAUGUACAAAGCAAAGAAGCCAAAUAAAGCUGCUGUAACCCAUCUAUUAGACCUGGAGUUCCAGUCCAGAAGAAGUUUCAUUGACUCAAAUGUACUGAAGGAGCAAGACAAACCCACAAAUAUUUUGCAAGCGUACCCCUGCUUCAAAGAAUUGGACCAUGCAAUGGAUGAACUACGAAGAAUCAUUGAGCCAAACAACUCCAAAUACAUUUCUGAGGUGAAGGACAGGUGGGAGACCUUCUACUCCAAGGUUCAGUUUUAUGGAGUGAUGAAAAAAGUCAUGAAGCCUCCAAGGACAUUAAAUGGAGUUGAACAUGCCAUUGCUGUUUUUACUGCCCUACCGCUGCUCUUCCCAUCUGGGUCUGCAGCACCGAAGAAACAGGUCCCAAUCAGUGAGGCUCUUUUCCAUGUUCUGACAGUGAGUUUUACUUUAAGUAGUGAUAAGUUAUUAACAGGUGACUACAUUGUCAAUAAAAUACUAAGUUAAAACCAUCCCAAUUGCACUACGUAAAAUUGGACAUGCAACGUAACAACUAACUUAAAGGUAUUGUAGAACAUUUUUUAAUUAUGUCUUUAUUUACUUAAUCACAACCUGCUAAACACAAAAGUAGGAUAUUUUGAAGAAUGUUGAUAUGCAAACCCAGAUCUGUUGGGUUGGCAUUCACUUCCAUUGAAGAAAAAAAAAAUGGAAGUGAAUAGUGACCCAGAUCUUACAUUGAUUUUUGCUGUGUUUGUAGUCUGAAUUCUGUAUUUUUGUUAUUUGGUUUUCUAGCCCUCAGAGGAUCCGGAUACCUACAUCCACAGGCGUGCAUUUUCCAGUCCGGUCUUGCUGGUUGGUGAGGAGAACUGCAUGGUGGUUGUAGGUACAACCCCAGUUCUAACAUUUGACAAAGACUUGCUCCAUGAGGGGCCUCUCUACCUCCUGGCCUAUUACUAUGCAUUUAAUCUCACAUAUCCAAAGUGUCUUGCAACACUCUUGUCUGUGUUGCAAACACCAGUUCUGAGAGAUCCACGAGCAGGAUGAAACCCCCUCGUACAAAAAGGCCAUUCAUGAAUGGAGAAUGUUUGUUGACUAAUUGCUGUUUCAAGCUGCUGUGGUUAAGAGACAGCUGCAUUUUUUUUUCGGCCAUUACAUUUGCACUUGAUUUGUGCUGUUAGGAGUUUUUCCCCAUUUUCAGGAGAUUAAAUGUAUCUAACAUACAAUAAUGCAGCACAGCAAAACAAAAAGUAAUUGUUGUGUGUAACUUUACAGGACAUUUUUUGUUAUUAUUAUUAAUGUUGGACUGUUCAUCCUGUUUUGCUGUACCCCAGUUGUUUAAGAGGAAAAUGUUCAUUUUUGAA